AUGCCACACCUGCAAGAGGCCAACCAAUACACGCCCACGUCACGUGGUCCAAUCAGAUUACCUGAAGCCAUGGUGGUAGUGCGCAAUAAAAAUAGCAGGCUGCGAAUAUCGAUUUUUACCGCAACUAUUGAUUCUCUAACAGACAAGGUGGUUCGAAGAGAAGUUUUCAACUGUGGAAUCUAUAGCGACAGCGAUAGUUCACAAAGUGAAGGUGGAACAAGGUAUCAAAAGACUAAAGGAGCUGUGGCAUUAGGAAUUCGGAAAGCCUAUAAGGCGGUGCCGAAAAACGGCCUGCUUCAGAAAGCCAAAGACUAUCUUAAACAGCAGCACAUCGAAAGUACAUCCAAAGACGUUCAACACCUAGGAGUAAGCGUUGAACAGGUUCAAUCCAUGUCCUCGAGUUCAAUGUUACCUCCUGCUCCCCCUGCCGCAUCACAAUCACAACAUCUCUCGAAUGGUUCCAGCUCAGGUUCUCGUGUGGCUAAUGAUGUUGAUGAUUCAAGUUGCGCAGCAAACCUUAACGAAGACUCAAUGAUGGUUCUUUCUCAAUCCGUCGAUUCACUACACACCGUCGGGACGGCAUCUGGAAGUGAUGCCCUUGAUCACCAGGUUCGAACGUUGUUUGUAAGCGGCUUACCCCUCGAUACCAAAUCUCGUGAAUUAUAUCUCCUCUUCCGAAGCUUCAAGGGAUAUUUAUCGUCUACUCUCAAACCCGCCGGGAAGAAUGGAAAGCUUACUGCGCCAGUCGGAUUUGUGACAUUUGAAACAAGGGAACAGGCGGAACAAGCUUUAAACGAACUCCAGGGAAUCAAAUUUGACCCUGAAGGAAAUCAGCACAUGCGUCUUGAAUUCGCUAGAAGCAACACCAAAGUAACCAAACCGAAGUGGCCUCCUGGAUUUCCAUUAGUGCCUGGAGCAGUUAAUGGGUUCUCAUUUCUGCCAGCAACCAGUAACCCAGCUGGUCUUUCUCCUAUUACUCAGCAAGCCGGUUUCCCCGGGGUUUUGCCACCCAAUUUCCUCCCCCAUUUACCAGGCUUUGAUCCGACCACAAUGGCUCUGAUGGCAGCAAAUGAUGCCAACCAAUGGGCAGCUAACCCGCACUUUGGGUAUGACACGUCUGGUUUAUUUGCGUCUUUUGGUGCACCAGCUACUCUGCUUCAAGCGUCAAACUUCAGACCUCUUCUGCCAAUGAACACUAAUGGUACAACGCCAACAAGCCAAUCAGGAAGCAACCAUGUAGCUAAUCAACUUCACCUUGUACAGGCCGCUCUGCAAGUUCAAAACGCCUUGGGUUUGGUGAACUCAGGCAACAAUAACGGCAAUGGAUCAUCAGCCGCUUACACACAAUCAACUGCCGGGGCUACGACUCAAGGUUCUUCACCAACUGGUUCAGUCAUUUCUAAUGGCAAUCCUUCACAAUCGUCGUACUCGGCUCUUCAAAAUCAGCAACAAUUUAUGGUGGCUAAUAAUGCCGUACAACAGCAUCAGCAGAAUCAGCAGAGACAACAGCAGGCCGCUUUUGUUGCGGCUGCUGCUUCUGUAGGUCUGCCCGCAGGUCUGUUGCCUGGGAUGUUGAGUGGAUUAGCCACGUCUUCUGCUCUCAAAGAGGAUCACAAUCAAAACGGCUCCUCAGUGGCAAUGCCGUUUUAA